GUCGGUUGGAAUGCAUCAGUACCACAGUGCGUUGAUAGUGAACCACCAGCUUUCCACAACUGUCCUACAAAUCCGGUUUAUAUACUGACCGACGACAAUGGCCAGUUGUUACCAGCCAUUUACGAAGUGCCCAGUGCGGUUGAUAAUUCUGGUUCGGUGUCCUACGUUCGUGUUACGCCUGAGGGCUUUGAGCCGCCAAAAAUGAUUUCGCAUGAUAUGGACGUUAUCUAUACAGCAUUUGAUGAUGCGGGCAACACGGCCGAAUGCGUCGUGCAGCUGCGCAUACCCGCUAAGGAAGGGCAGCUCGAAAAAACCGUCUUCUUCAACGAAAGUUCGGUGCAGAUGGUGAUUCAGGACACAUCAAAUAUCACCGAUGUAACAUUUGAACCAGCUGAAGCAUUACUUACCCUCGGCUCACACAUUACUGUUGAAGUAACUGCUACUGACAGCGCCUCGAACAGGAACAAAUGCAAAUUUCAAGUUUCGCUUCAAGGUUGA